AUGGAGCGGCUUGAUUGCACGGAACGAAAGCUGCUUAGACGGCUACUUGGUUACUCUUGGCCUAGGGUAUGUCACAAUGAAGAUCUUUACGCAGAAAUUGAUGUGGUAUAUCGGCGGAUGACGCAUGGAAGACAUCAACAUCUUGCACCGCCAUCGAAAGUGGCUAAAGUAAAUCGUCUUCGCUUCUUUGGUCAUAUAUUAAGGAGACCGGCAGAUCGCCUUGUUCAACGAGUUCUGAGGAGUUCGCCGGGUUCGAGCUGGAAGAAGCCACCUGGCCGAAAACGGAAGUUCUGGACUGAGAUGGUGAAAGAGGACCUGAGGACACUCGGCGUGGAUAGGCAGUUCAGGCGGGACGUAAGGUUUCGCAGAAUAUGGAAUAGCGACGAAUGGAUUGAUUCUUUGCAAGCUCUCGCAGAAGAUCUAGAAGAUUGGGCAGAGCUGUGUUCAAGGACGGCACACCUCGGCGAAGAUGCGGGUAACCGCGUCAGGCGAUGA